UCGCUUCGCUUCACCAAUCAUCACCUGAGGUAUAAAUAGGGCGUGGUCACCAGGGCGCAUGGAGUUUGUUGACGAACUUGACGUAUCGGUAGUAUUGAUCAUCUCUGGCUAGUUUCAUCAUGAAUUUGAUACAUUUCCAAGAUUAUUAUAUUUUUAUCCUGACUUUAUUGUGUUGUUGGUCUUUACAGACUGCUUAUUCCAAAUUCGAUCGCGAUUGGUUGAAAAACCUUCACUCAACGUCGCAGGAUGCAGGAAAAAACGUAACCACCAUUCAUCAACCCCGAGCGGCGAUCAAUACUGGUCAUGCGCCGAAACAUCCCGGUGGUAAAGUCAUAAAUAGCGACAACAUUUUCCGGGCGAUUUGGAAUCUGGCCAACAAUUGCGGAGACCGUUUCGGUAUAGAAUUGCCAUUGUCGGAUUACGGGAUUGAAUUUAACAGUAAUCACAGAUGUACUGGUGGAAAUGUGAUCAAUUUGUUCCAUAAAAAUCAGAUGGGACUGUUUCCACGUUAUGUAUAUGAACCUGGGCCUGGCAAUAAAACACAACUAAUUCCAUUGAAUGGAGGAUUACCACAGCUAGCAAACAUAACCAAACAUCUCGAGAAGGCUACAAAGGACAUUAUGAGGACCAUUCGAGAUCCAAAGUUUAAUGGUGUUGCCGUCAUUGACUGGGAAGCUUGGCGUCCCCAAUGGAAAGAGAACUUUGACAUGAUGCGCAUCUAUCAGGAAAAGUCGAUCGCGCAUGUGAAAGAGCUGCAUCCUGAAUGGGACACUGCCAUGGUUGAGUCCGUUGCUAUGCUAGAGUGGGAAGAAGGUGCCAAGCUUUUCAUGGAAAGCACUCUGAAAUUGGCAAAGACACUGCGACCAAACACCACCUGGGGUUUCUAUAUAUACCCUCUCUGUCUACUCCAUGGAGAUACAGCCAAUAUGAGUUGCACAGCUGAAUCAAUGACGUAUAACAACAACAUCAUGUGGCUUUUCAACGAGAGAACAGCACUUUAUCCAUCAAUUUAUCUCAGACCUUUCCAUUUCUAUCAGAAGUUGUAUGUUAGAAGUAAGUUGCAGGAGGCUUUGAGGGUCAGGCAGAGGUCCGACGAUCCUCAAGGAGUUAUCAUGAGCUACACAAGAUUCAACUACUCGCACAUAGGUCUCUUCUAUAGUCUGGAAGAUUUGAACAACACCAUCCUGCAGUCCGCCGAGUUCGGCACUAAUGGCAUCAUAUUCUGGGGUGAAACUCUGGAUGUCUCGACUGCAGAGGAGUGUUCACAGCUGCGGAGCUACAUCAUCAAUGCCUUGGGUCCUACGGUGAUGAUGUCACGGAAGGGGGCGGAGUCUUGCAGCAAGAGGAUAUGCAGUGGAAACGGAAGAUGUGUCGGGGACAUACUAACAUGUAGGAGUGCUGGUAGACCAAGGGACCCGAUGAAAGCGGGUGUAGAUCAAGAUCACGGAGAGAAUACCUGCUCUUGUAGGUGUUUCAGGGGUUGGAAAGGUUAUACUUGCAGUGUACGUAUGUAAAAACUAUUUGACGUGAUAGGCAGGUAUCUAUUUCCUUCAGCAAGUAAUUCAUUGACACUGUGUUGCACUCAAACCUGGUACUGUAGGUCUUUCAUAAAGCUGUUCCUAAAUUAUGAGCGUCUUCACAAACGACUGGUGAUCCAUUCUGAGGCGCUAAAUUAUAAUCAAUGAAAACGUGGUGGAUAUCAUUUACCAGAAGAAAGGAUCUCCUGUCGUUCGUAAAGGCACUUGUAUAGUUGCUCUGACUUAUGAACAGCUUUAUGAAAUACCCACGUGGUGUUGAGAUUGGAUUCAAUUCCCUUUAGCUCAUGCAGCUAGUUACAACAGAGAAAGAAGUUUUUAAGCAGGGAUAAUCUCUGCUGAUUUGCCGCUCCAUGGCCCCUCUCAUUCCCGGCGUUUAUUUACUCCGCUCUUGCCCACCUGUUACCAAGAUCCCAACUCCUGCUUCCCCAGAAAUAUCUCCAGACUCCUCAGUGAGGGAAGGAAUAUUGCAGGAUCACAUUUAAGAUAACGAUGAUGUACAGGAUGUGUCCAUAAGUGUAAUGAGGUCAAACAACCAAGACCCACACCUUGAAAUUGAGAAGAGAACGCACACUUUUCUUAUUGAUUUAUAAUGUUUG